AUGUCCUUCGCCCUCACCCUCGCCCGACCGGGGCGCGUGUCGCCGUUCGCGCGUGCGCGCGAGCGCAGCACAACAUCCGCAUGCACGCCCUCGUCCUCGCGCGUCGCGCGUCGCUCUCGGGCCGCCUCGGUCGUCCUCGCGCGCGCGCCGUCGCUCUCGACGCGACUCUUCGCGCGACGUCGCGACGACGUCCCGCUCGCGCGCGCGCGAUCGGUGGCGCGCGUCAACGUCUUGGGUGACGGUGGUACAUCGUCAAGCGAUGACGAGGGCGAAGAAGAGGGGCGAGCGAGCGUGCAGCUGCCGCGAACGCGACGGCGCGUGCAGAUGACGUUUACGUGUAACAAGUGCGAGGGGCGAACGAUGCGGAUGAUCAACCCUGAGGUCCUCGAACGGGGGACGAUGUGGGUGCAGUGUGGUGAGUGCGAGGUGUGGCAUCAGAUUGUGGACAAUCUCGGGUUGAUUUUCGAUUUCACCGGGGACUACACCGAGCUGAAGGACAAGAUUAUAAACGCGAAACGAAUGCAACCGCCAGAGUCGGACGAAUAG